AUGCGAAUGGCCUCCUCUUCUUUUCUCUCCCUCUCCGUCCUUGUCCUCCUCUUCUCCAUCUCCUCCGCCUACAGCCACAAGUGGUCCUUGCCAAAUGGCCGCCUCGACCAAAAUCCAAUCAGGAUAAUCGAGGCCGCCGUUGGAGUUUCUAAAGAAACCUUUAAACACAGUGGGAUGGAAGCUAAAAAUGAUCAACAAAGUGGGAAAAGCCAGACAAUAACUAUAGGAACAUGGGGAACCCAAGCAACCAGCUCUAAUGGUGUAGUUUUUGAUGAUGGUGCAUACACGGGAAUAAGAGAAAUAAACUUUGAAUAUAAUGACGAAACAGCCAUUGGAAGCUUUCAAGUGACCUACGACUUGAAUGGUGUGCCAUUUGUUGCAGAAAAACAUUCAAGCUUUAUAACAGGCUUCACACCAGUGACGAUUUCUCUAGAUUUUCCGAGUGAGUAUAUAGUCGAAGUGAGCGGAUACACUGAUAAUGUGCGAGGUUAUAAAGUAGUACGCUCUUUAACAUUCAAGACCAACAAGGCAACCUAUGGACCAUAUGGAACUACGAGCGGCACACCUUUCAAUCUUCCAAUUCAAAAUGGCUUGAUUGUUGGAUUCAAAGGAAGUAUCGGCUAUUGGUUGGACUAUAUUGGUUUUCAUUUAUCCCUUUAA